GUGACGUCACUUGCGGCGGUCUCUUCCGGCGUAGGCUCUGCGCGACCCAGUUCAUUCUUUCGCGUAGUCGUGGUUGCUCUCGUGGCUCUGGGGAGGCGGGCGGAGGGAAGCUGGACGGAGUAGUGCAGUGCUGAGGAUCGAACCUGGUGCCUCACCAUGCUAGGUGAAUGCUCUACUACUGAAGCACAACCCCAGCCCAAUGGACUAAGUUAACCCUGAAUAAAGAGGAGUGAAGAUGGCCACUGUUGGUGUAGCUUCAUAGCUGUCCUGCAGUGUUCUCUGAAUCAAGGAAAGAAUCAUUCAGGCACAUAACACCACCAGUGUCACAAGAUGGCAGCCAUUGAUUUGUCCCAUGGUCUUUUGUAGAGGGAUCCAGUUUGCCUUCAUGAAGAAAAGACAGAAGCAGAAAGGAAGAUAACUGUCUUCCUGCCAAACUGUGAUCAGGACUUGGUGACCUUUGAUGAUGUGGCUGUGCACUUCACCCAGGAGGAGUGGAUUUUACUGGACCCAACUCAGAGAAACCUGUACAAAGACGUGAUGCUGGAGAACUAUGAGAACCUGACCAUAGUAGGUACAGAAUGUCAGCUCCUCAAACCCAGCCUGAUCUCUUGGUUGGAGCAGGAAGAGUCAAAGAUAGUGAAAGGAGGGGUUCUCCAAGAAUGGAAAAUGGGACUUAAAAUCAAAGGGGCUUCACUUCAGCAGAAUUUUUUGAGGGAACAGAUCUCCAGUGAGAUACUUAGGGCAAGAAGGCACAAUGGAGGGGAGCUCUGUGACUGUAAGCCAUGUGGAGAAUUUAUCAGUGGACGUACUUGCCUUACAUCACACAUGAGAAUGCAAAAUACAGGGACCACUUCUGAUUGUGAUCAACAUAGAAUAGACUUCUUUCCUUUGCACAAGAGAACCUCUCCUGAAAAGAAACUUUUUUUGAAUCAUUGUAGGCAAACUUUCAGCUUGCCUCCAAAAGCUGUUUACCAGAAAAUAUGCACUCAAGAUAAACCCUUUGAGUGCAAUGAUGGUGGGAAAGCUUUUGUUGAUCCACUACACCUUCAGGCCCAUAGAAGAACUCAUAAUGGAUACAAACUCCUUGAACUGAAGGAAUACAGGAUGGAUUUCAUUCACUCCACUAGCCUUGCUGUGUGUAUACAGACACACAGUGCUGAAAAACCCUACAAGUGUAAGGAAUGUGGAAAAGACUUUAGAUAUUCUGCAUACCUAAAUAUUCACAUGGGAACCCAAAGUGGAGAUAACCCCUAUGAAUGUAAGGAAUGUGGGAAAGCCUUUACUAGGUCUUGUCAGCUUACUCAGCAUAGAAAAACUCACACUGGAGAUAAACCUUAUACAUGUACAGAAUGUGGGAAAGCUUUCACUGUUUCUUCUUGCUUAAGUCAACAUGUUAAAAUUCACAUUGAAUACAAACCCUGUGAACAAAAGAAACAUGGGAUUGUUUUAAAAAUGUCUUCAUACCUCACUGAACAUGUAAAAAACCACACUGCAGAGAAACCUUUUGAACGUAUGGUAUGUGGAAAAUCCUUCAGAAAUUCCUCAUGCCUUCAUAAUCACCUUCAAAUUCACACUGGAACAAAACCCUUCAAAUGUAAAGACUGUGGCAAAGCCUUCACGGGGCAUUCUGGCCUUAGGAAACAUUUACCAGCUCACACUGGAGAGAAGCCAUAUGAGUGCAAAGAUUGUGGGAAAGCCUUUGCUAGAUCCUCCCGCCUCAGUGACAUAAGAACCCACACUGGAGAGAAGCCCUUUGUAUGUUUCAAAUGUGGGAAAGCAUUUGCUGUUUCCUCAAAUCUUAGUGGACAUCUGAGGAUUCAUACAGGAGAGAAGCCCUUUGAAUGCAAGGAGUGUGGGAAAGUAUUUACACAUUCCUCCAGUCUUAAUAAUCACAUGCGGACUCACAGUAGUCAAAAACCAUACAUAUGUCUACAAUGUGGGAAAGCCUUUAAGUUUCCCAUAUGUGUUACCCUUCACAUGAGAAUCCACACUGGAGAAAAACCUUAUGAAUGUGAGCAGUGUGGGAAAACCUUCAGAUAUUCAAAUUCAUUUCAGUUACAUAAAAGAAUUCACAGUGGAGAGAAACCGUAUGAAUGUAAGGAGUGUGGGAAAGCCUUCAGUUCUCCCAGUUCCUUUCACAAUCAUGAAUGAAGGCAUGUGGAAUAGAAACUGUCAAUAUAAGAAAUGUGGGAAAGCUUUAUGGUGUCCCUGUUUACUUCAGAGAUUUGGGGAAAAAAGAAAACUAUGAAUGUAAGGAAUUUGGAAAUAUCUUCACUCCUAUUUCAGGUCUUAAUGAACAUGUAAGGUGUUGGGGUUUUUAGUCCUUGUUCCCUCCUGACCUGCAGGAGAGAUAGGGAGAACACACCCCAGCCAGGACAAGCCAAGAAAGGAGACGGCUGACUGACCUCCUGCACCCAGCCCUCCCUUGCUGGAGGACAAUCAAACACAUCAGGGAGACCAGUCAAGGCUGGAGCUCAUUUAUUGAGGAAGCACACACAGCUAAUAUAAGGCACAGGAACCAAUCAGGAUAAAGAUCAGCAGGGUGAGGAGAGUUCAAGUGUACACCCAUUCUACAGGCAGUAAGGGGAGACAUGAGCUGUCCACGAGGGCAGAAGGGUUCUGAGCCUAUCCUAGAAGUGGUCCGAUUUUUCAUCACAACCCACGGUAAAGCCUUCUGGCUGAUCACCAGGUGCCAUCUUAGCCAUGUGCAGCCCCAAGACCAGGAAGUGAGCAUCAGUCUGCAAGUUAGAUUCCCUUUUCUCCAUCAUAGAUUUCUAUUUCUUUGAUGUGACAUGCCCUACAUCUCCCCGUGCCCUACAUCUCCCCCUUUUUGUUUUAUUGGCGGGUGUCUGCUUUACUCGAGAGUGUGCCUGUCUUAGGUUGUCCCCCUCUGGGGAUCUUACCCGUCAUUGACUACCACUCUGGCUCUUCAGGCAGUUCACCGCAGGGUCAGCAGACCCAAUGGGAAACCUCAAGGAAAGGAAAGGAGAUGACUUAGGCCUAUGAAGAAAAACCCUCUUGCCUCUGACUUACACCUGCACGUUCUGGUAGGGGCCAUGGCCAACCUCAUAGGGUUCCUAGUCAGUAUCUUGUAAGACAGCAUAUCGCUGCCGGACCACCAUCAAUUGAACAGCUUUGGCUCGAUCCUUGAGAAACUGGAGGAGCCUGUUGUUUAUACAAGGUCCAAAUGUAAAUACAAGAAUUAUAGUAACCAAGGGGCCUACCAAGGGGAGAAGGUAAGGGAGCCACCCAUUUAGCCCAGUCCAUAGAAGGCUUGAUUGCAGCUCAUUCUGACGGUUUUCAAGGUCCUCCUGUAACCUUUUAAUCUUAUCUUGAACAAUACCAGAGCGAUUUGCAUAGAAGCAGUGCUCCUCCUGUAGGACCAGGCAUAAUCCUCCCUCUUUGGCGGUAAGCAGGUUCAGGCCACAACGGUUUUGGAGGACUAUUGCAGCCAAGGAAUUGAGAUUGCAGGUCCAAGAUAGUGCCGGCAACAUGGUGCAUAUCAUCUUUCAUCUGCUGAGAAAGCUUAUUUUACAUCUGUAAAGAAGUACCAAGGCCAGCAAGACCAGUUCCUAUCCCGUGGCCACCCCCAGACCCAACAGCAAAGGAACAGCAUGAAUGACUCUUCGGGGCCUGGAAAGGGAAUAAUCAACAGCAGGUAUGGGCAGGGACUGGUUAUUAGGGAGGACCCCAAUGUUAGGGAGGAGGAGGACCACAAUGCAGAUCAAUCCAAUUACCCGGUAGGACACUGUACGCCAUAUCCCCACAGAAGAAGGCAGUACCAUUAGGAGGACAGAGCAUACCACCUACUGAUCAAAAAACCUAUUGCCUCCACACCAGAAGGGAUUCAACGUCCCCACAUCUUGAGUGCCAUUUCUAGUGAGACAGGUGACGUUAGGCAUGGUCACCAAGGGCAAAAAACUUCUGAGUGGGGUGGGAGUAUAGGGCAUCUACUAGUAAGAGGUGAGGUUAUAUUCCACCAAACGGGAAUGGCAGUAGCUUUUAAAGGUCCAUUCUUUCCCAGGGGGGGCAUAUAAGGACCAACAAAUUGGCUUACCACCGCUUCCAGGACACUGAUACCUGAAUGGGACUCCUCAGUGUGGCCCAUUCAGUAAGUUACACCCUUGUUAGUACAUUUAGAUGCUGAUUUAUAACAAGCAGUGUGGACCACGCCUGACUCGAAUGUUGUGCCCGGGCAUGUGGGGGGGCCUUGGGGUUAGAAGGAAGAACCAAUUGUUUGGGCCAGCAGAUGCUGUAGCCAAGAGCAGCGAGGUGACCUGAGCCAGCUUCAAAGACUUCAAGAUCGUGGAUUACAUAUGCCCCCCAUAAGCCAUUACCUCAAUCAUAUUUGGUCCCGUAGCAUCGACUAUUGAGAAGGGCCUUAGUGACACACUGCUUGCAGGGGGAGCCAAGGAUAUGAAGUACGGCAUCAAAGUGUGCCUCCCCAAAGCGCGUCUCCCCCAACAAACAUGAAUGCCAUGAGGGAGACAAUGAGGAGUCCCAUCACAACCAGGCAAAGCAUCCAGAAUGGUCUUUUCAUUACAAAUGAGAAAAUAAUCAUACCUCAAGAGGGGGUGCUCUUGGGUAAUCAUUUUUGUUCUGGUGAACAGUAUUUUAGAUCUCUAGUGGGUACCCAAAUUGGACUUGGCUCCCCAAUCGGGAAUACACACCCAAAUCCCCUCCCUGCACUAAUGAGGGGAUCAGGACCGCACCAUGAUCCAGUAAGGGGGUCCCUCCAUCGGACCUCUACUUUCAAAUAAGGUGUCUGAUUAGACCAAUGUCUCUGGAAAGCAGUUAGAGGUUGGUCUUUGCAAAAAAUUAAAAUAUUUAAGGUAGACUGGAGGAGGAAGCCCGCCCCCGGCCCCCACACCAAACCGGAGGAGGAAGCCUGGCCCGGCCCUGCGCGCCAGACCGGGGGAAGCCCAUCAACCCUUAAAACCCAUCAACCUGGGGCAUGGCUACCAGCAUGGUUAUGCGGCUGAUCCAGGUACCUGGUUUCCAACUCCCCUACCCUUAGCUGCAAUAACUCAGAAAUUUUCCCACAAGCUUUUGGGGGGUGUAGCUAUCAACGCAAAACAACAACUGUACAGGCACCUGGUUUCCAUCUCAGAGACUAGAGUAGGGAGGCUACAGGUGGAAGCUCAUAUCCUUUCACACUGGCUACAUCCACCAUCCUGAACACAGAAGCUCAAGCUAGGAAUAGACAAUGCUACCUACUGGAAGAAAGGAAAACAGAGUUCUGAGAGACUUUUUUUUUUUUUUUGUUAACUUCUCUCUCUUUCACAACCUCAACAUAUGUGAAAGAACUGUGCAUGAAAUAGGACUUUAAUAACUGAAUCACCAGAAUAAUAUAGAGGAAUUGCAUAUGCCCCACCUCCCCCCUUUUUUUCUUAUUUUCUUUUUCCCUCUCUUUUUUCUCUUUUCUUCCUUGCUAUUUUUUUCUUCAUUCUUACUCCCUCUAUCCCACUUUCAACCCCCUAACUUUUACUAUCUAUAUGUAGGGUAACUUUCUAAGUACAGAUAGGAGGUUGAAUCUAUACAUUCUUCCAUAAAUUACCAGUCUAUUGGUUAGAGUGCUCCAAAGUUGCUAAGUUAGAUUAACCUCAUACCCUCACUCCUUUCCUCCUAAGCAUAACACCCUACGUCUGAAAUUCAGUUUUUAUAUGCCACCAUAAAUGGUAUGCCUUUUAUGAAACUAAUGACUAUAUUUUUAAAUAAUAAUUGAAGCCAAUAUCUGUAGACUUAGAGUCUAACUAUAAAUGUAUUAAUAAUGAAAAUUUGUGCUUAGAUGAUGUACUAUUGAUAUUGGGAACUGUUAACAUUGUCUUUCUACACAAAAAGAGUUUUUGGAGCUAUACAAGAGCAAUAUAAAUAUAUAAGUGGAAAAUAAUUAACACAACAGUUUCACAAAGCUGGAAAGAACAUGAGCAGUAUGAAAAGACAAGGAAAGAAAGGACCACAAACAAUGCAGGUCAAUUCAACAUUGGAAGAGGUAAUAUCUGCAGCAGAUGGAAUGUUAGAUAAAGAGUUCAGGAUAUACAUGCCUCAGAUGAUCUGGAGUCUCAAGGAAGACAUUUAGACAGCAAAAUCAGACAAUGAAAGAUCACUUUGACAAUGAAUUACAUAAAUAAAUCCAAGAAGCAAAAGAUCAACUCUACAGGGAGAUAGAGGUUAUUAAAAAAAAAAACAAAACAAAACAGAAAUCCUGGAAAUGAAGGAAACAAUAAACCAAAUUAAAAACUCAAAUGAGAGUAUUACCAGCAGAGUAGAACACUUAGAAGAUAGAACAUCAGACAACGAAGACAAAGUAUUUCAACUUGAAAAGAAUAUAGACAGCUUAGUGAGAAUGUUAAUAAACCAUGAGCAGAACAUCCAAGAAAUAUGGGAUAACAUAAAGAGACCAAACUUAAGAGUUGAUGCGAUACAGGAGGAUAUAGAGGUCCAAACCAAAGGAAUGAGCAAUCUAUUCAAUGAAAUAAUACUAGAAAACUUCCCAAACUUGAAGAAUGAAACAAAUCCAAAUCCUAGAAGCCUACAGGAUGCCGAAUGUGCAAAAUCACAAAGAGAUUCACACCAAGACACAUUAUAAUGAAGAUGCCCAACAUCUUCAUUAGAUGAGAGAAUCUUAAAAGCCACAAGAGAAAGGAAGCAGAUUACAUUUAGGGGUAAACCUGUUGGAAGUUGCCCCGGCUCCAAAGACUAACUUCCCCAUCCCCCAAGAAGAGCCGUCCAAUGGUGAGCCCUGCUGGCUCACGUGAUCCUUACCCACCAAUCAGACUAGCCCUGCUGGCUCACAUGAUCCUGCCGUCCAAUGGUGAGCCCUGCUGGCUCACAUGAUCCUGCUGUCCAAUGGUGAGCCCUGCUGGCUCACAUGACCCUUACCCACCAAUCAGACUAGCCCUGCUGGCUCACAUGAUCCUUACCCACCAAUCAAAAAGCACUGUCAAACCCUUCAACCAUUAAACUGUCAUAACUGUCAAACCACUCCUGGCUCUAUAAAUAUGCAGAGCUGUUCCUCAAUAAACGGGCAUUUUCUCCAAUGGCAAGCCUUGAUCGUUCUUUCAAAACCAAUCAGGAUAACAGCUGAUCUUUCAACCCAGACUCUGAAAGCUAGAAGAUCCUGGAACAACAUAUUUCAAAUGCUGAAAGAAAAUGGGUUCCAACCAAGAAUCAUGUAUCCAGUGAAAUUAAGCUUCAGGAUUGAAGAUGAAAUACAAAUCUUCCGCCGUGAUAAACAAAAGUUAAAAGAAUUUGCAGCUAGAAAACCAGCGUUUCAAAACAUCCUUGGCAAAACAUUACAGGAAGAGGAAAUGAAAAAUAACAAUGAAAACCAACAGCGGGAGGUAGUAAAGGAAAAACUAAUCAAAGAGGAAAAACAAAUCAUGUUAAGUAACAUAAACAAAUAUGGCUGGAAGACAAACCAUAUCUCAAUAGCAACCCUAAAUGUUAAUGGCUUAAACGCACCAAUAAAAAGACAUAGGCUAAUAGACUGGAUUAAACAAAAAGAUCCAACAAUAUACUGCCUACAGGAGACUCAUCUGAUAGGAAAAGACAUACACAGACUGAAGAUGAAAGGUUGGGAAAAAUCAUACCAUUCACCUGGACCUCGGAAGCAAGCAGUGGUGUCCAUACUCAUAUCAAAUAAAAUAGACUUCAAGCCAAAGUUAAUCAACAGGGAUAAAGGAGGACACUACAUACUGCUCAAGGGAAUCAUACACCAAUGAGACUUAACAAUCAUUAAUAUAUAUGCCCCAAACAAUGGUGCAGCUACGUUCAUCAAAAAAACUCUUCUCAAGUUCAAGAGUCAAAUAGACCACAACACUAUAAUCAUGGGAGAUUUUAACCUCUCUCACCACUGGACAGAUCUUCCAAACAAAAGUUGAAUAAAGAAACUAUAGAGCUCGUAAUACAAUUAAUAACUUAGAGUUAAUUGACAUAUAUAGAAUAUACCACCCAACAUCAAGCGGAUACACUUUUUUACUCAGCAGCACAUGGAUCUUUCUCAAAAAUAGACCACAUAUUAUGUCACAGGGCAAAUCUUAGCAAAUAAAAUAUUUAAUGUAA